GUCGUUUUCAGCCUGAAAUCCACACGGCACCACCACCUGUGCCCCUGUCUCUAACGAGAGACAGCAGCUCGGUACACAUUGCCUGCCAUACCCCGCGAGAGUCAUGUCUGACAUCGACACGCCCACGGCCAAACGUGCUAAGACGAGUGAAGAAGACAACGAUCCCUGGCUCGUUGUGUCCGAGGGUGUCACCGAUGUCGCCGAUGCUGCGGAAGGACAAGGAGCAGCUGCUGCUGCGGCAUCAACACCUAGCCUCGAUGGCAAUGGUUCGCAAGACGACGAGUUCGAUGAGGAGCUGGCCACCCUCCUGGCAGACGAGCCCCCGCGUGCUGUCAAGCAGACGCCUCUGUCGAAGGCGCUGCUGCAGACAGCCGUGGGAAACUCGGGUGGAGUCCGGGCAUUGCUGGAGGAGCAAGCGGUGACGGCCGCGAAAGGGUGCGGGUGCGAGACACCCCAGCCGGGAUGGGACAAAAGCGACCCCGAUAGGAUCACGACCUGUGGGCGCCAGCAGGCCCAUAUCAUCGCUGGGGUGUCUAUCCAGCAUGUGCUCGACCGUCAGAAGGAGAGGGACAGCCAAGGCGAUAAUGUGUCGUACGUGCUUGCGCGCACGGUGCGGAGAAUCCUACAAUACUUGGCGGCGCAAGAGAUUGGGGCAAGUGGGCAAGGGAACCAAUGCCGGCGCGGGGAUUGUUUUGCGCGCGCUAUGGGCAUGUUUUUUGGCAAGGGUAUGGAGGGCAUUCCUCGUGAUGUCGUUCUAGCGUUGCUGAGGUACUAGUAGGCUCGCAUCUACGUGUCUGUUCGAACGCGACGCCUGGUCGAAGUCGACAGAGAUGUUUUAUUGUCGUUGUUAUCAGGUUGUCCCGGCGUACAUUGCGAAACUUCCGCUGGAAAAUUACUGCUCUCUAGCAAGUGCCAGGGUUGUACUUGGGAGACUACUCGGCGUACAUGUGUGGGCAGAGGGGGAGUAGAGGAUCCGCGCUCGACGUUCUUUUUGUCUAGCUCAGCUUGUUUUGUUUAUCAUUCCAUACAGGGACACUUGGCAACGAGCAAGAGGGACACAAAAAAAUUGGCGAGAAACGCUGCGGAAGUGCCCCUGCGAUAUGCGACUUCUAGUUGCGGCGUGAAGCCGAAAAAAAUAUAUCCGCUGCCCGUCACCGUCGCAAAUGUGGAAGACAAGCCAUGCGUAGGCCCCGCGACAUUCGAUGCUUUUCCUCUUAGAUGUAUCCUAAGGAAACACGGCUGCCCAUAUCAGCCACACAAAGACCCGGCUGUCCCUUCCUCGGAUGCUGGCUUCGUCGCAGGCCAAGCUCGACAGCUGCGAGUGUAUAUGUUUUUUUUUUCAAGCACUCUUAUGUUGUCGUCUCCGCUCCCCCGCAAACAAAAACUUAGCUCGACCUGUCACCAGCGUCCGAGGGUUGCGGUGAGUGCUGGCCAUUUCUUCCGUAAACCAUGCAAAAAAUGUGCACGUAGACCCAUGCGUAAAGAAAAAAAAUAAUGCACACAUAGACUCGUGUGGAACACACGCAAAAGGCGGUCUGUGUUCCUGUUCCCCCGCUUGUGCGGACGUUUCCUUGCACCCCCCUCCGAACAGUUCCGAGAGCAAAUACAAUUAAGUCGAGCGUCUAUCGGGAUACAUUUUUCACGGCACCACCCCCCCCCCAUGACGACACGUGCAAAGGUGCAUAAAGAACAAGGGACAAAUGAGUUCGCCAAACAUCGAACCCUCCGGUGGUUUCCCUCUGCACUUUUCCCGCGCCUCCCCCGAAAUCGCCACCACCCCGCUUGGCAGUUCCAAUAAAAUCAUCGUAAGACACCGAUGACAUAAAAACAAAGCGAUUCGAUGGCACCCAGGACAUGCAAACACGACACGUUGCGAACACCACACACAAGGACAAUGUCACUCACCCUCCUACGUCAAUUGUUGACAACGCCCACAUCCAAGCAAAUGCCAGGCGGGCUUCCCGUCAUGGCACACCCGGCAAAUGCCGAACGUCGAGAGGAACAGCAGUUCAUGCUCGUAGACUUUCGGGCACAUGGAGGCUGCAGCACGGCGCGAAGAUCAUCCGCUGGUAGAUCAAGGAGUCUUGACAACUCGAACAAGUUCAAGAAGUACCCCCAUGUUGGAGUGGACACCAUCGCGUGCAUCGCGUCGCUCCGAACUCACGCCACCCUG